GUUAGAGCUCCCACCCUCUGCAGCUCCAUCUCUACCCAGCCUGGCCGGCAUCCUGCCUUCUAGACCCAGCAUCCAACAUCCGGGACCACUGGAGGAAUGUUUGAAACCAGGGCCAUCCUGAAAACCCCAGGCCAGGGGUUUUCCCAGGCCCCAGGUGGGCCUGAGCACAGAAGCUGCAAGGUGACCAUUCUGGCUACUAGAGUGAGUGUGCCAGCCUGGGUGAGGAGGCAGAGACAGCCUGCCGGGGCUUCUCUCACUUGUUCCCACGGCCUGAUGUCGGAGGCCAUGGACCAGCCAGCCGGGAGUCCAGGAAACCCAAGGUCAGAAGAGGGUGGUGAUGGCAGCAUGGAGCCAGGCACCUGCCAGGAGCUCCUGCACCGACUGCGGGAGCUGGAGGCAGAGAACUCAGCACUUGCCCAGGCCAACGAAAACCAGCGGGAGACCUAUGAGCGCUGUCUGGAUGAGGUUGCCAACCACGUGGUGCAGGCACUGCUGAACCAAAAGGACCUGCGGGAGGAGUGCAUCAAGCUGAAGAAGAGGGUGUUUGACCUGGAACGGCAGAACCAGAUGCUCAGCGCCCUGUUUCAGCAGAAGCUCCAGCUCACGACAGGCUCCCUCCCUCAGAUCCCACUCACCCCACUCCAGCCACCAUCAGAGCCACCAGCCUCUCCCUCCCUGAGCUCCGCCGAGGGACCGGCCGCCUCACUGCCUCUGGGGCACUGUGCUGGGCAGAGAGAGGUAUGUUGGGAGCAGCAGCUGCGGCCAGGGGGCCCGGGACCCCCAGCUGCCCCACCCCCAGCGCUGGAUGCCCUCUCCCCAUUCCUUCGAAAGAAAGCCCAGAUCCUGGAGGUGCUGAGAGCCCUGGAAGAGACUGACCCCUUGCUUCUGUGUUCACCUGCCACCCCCUGGCAGCCUCCAGGCGAGGGUCCUGGCUCCCCGGAGCCCAUCAAUGGCGAGCUGUGUGGCCCACCCCAGCCUGAACCCUCACCUUGGGCCCCCUACCUGCUACUAGGUCCUGGUAGCCUGGGAAGCCUGCUGCACUGGGAGCGCCUCUUGGGGUAUCUGGGGGAAGAAGAGGGUGCUGGGCGGCCCUGGGGCCCUAGUAGGGGCUCUCCCCAGGCCCAGGGCACCAGCUCUGGCCCGCCCUGUGCCCCGGGAAGCAGUUCCUCCUCUUCUUCUGAUGAGGCAGGUGACCCCAAUGAGGCACCCAGCCCCGACACCCUGCUUGGGGCCCUGGCCCGCAAACAGUUGAACCUGGGCCAGCUCCUUGAGGACACCGAGUCUUACCUACAGGCCUUCUUGGCCGGGGCUACAGGCCCACUCAACAGGGACCACCCAGGUCCCGGGCAGCCAUCCUCCCCAGACCAGGGGCCCCCACAGCUGUCUAAGUCCAAAGGCCUCCCCAAGUCAGCUUGGGGUGGGGGUACCCCAGAUGUCCACAGGCCGGGCUUUGGUGCUACCUCAGAGGGCCAGGGGCCCCUCCCCUUCCUCAGCAUGUUCAUGGGUGCGGGGGAUGCCCCCCUGGGUUCACAGCCUGGCCACCCCCACUCCUCAUCUCAGGUGAAAAGCAAGCUCCAGAUGGGCCCCCCUUCUCCUGGGGAAGCCCAGGGAGCCCUUCUGCCCUCUCCAGCCAGAGGUCUCAAGUUUCUAAAGCUGCCUCCAGCCUCGGAGAAGGUCCCCAGCCCAGGAGGCCCCCAGCUCAGCCCCCAGCUCCCCCGGAACUCCCGAAUCCCCUGCCGGAACAGUGGCUCAGAUGGCAGCCCCUCCCCACUGCUGGCCCGCAGGGGUCUGGGUGGAGGAGAACUGUCCCCGGAGGGGGCGCAGGGCCUGCCCACCAGCCCUUCACCCUGUUCCACAACCCCGGACUCUGCGCAGCUCAGACCUCCCCAGUCAGCCUUGUCUGCCACGCUAUCCCCAGGACCAGUGGUGUCUCCCUGCUAUGAGAACAUCCUGGACCUUUCCCGGAGCACCUUUAGGGGGCCUUCCCCAGAGCCACCUCCAUCCCCACUGCAGGUACCCACCUACCCCCAGCUAACUCUGGAGGUGCCACGGGCCCCUGAGGUCCUCAGGAGCCCUGGAGUGCCCCCCAGCCCCUGCCUCCCAGAAUCUUGCCCCUAUGGGAGCACCCAGGAGAAGAGUUUGGACAAGGCAGGCUCAGAAUCUCCCCAUCCUGGCCGCAGGACCCCAGGCAGCUCAUCUAAGAAGCCCAGCCAGGGGGCAGGGCGGCGACCUGGGGAUGCUGGCCACACACCUCUUCGGGACAGACUGGCAGCCCUGGGGAAACUGAAGACUGGCCCCGAGGGGCCCCAGAUCCCAGAGAAGAAUGGGGUGCCAGCCAGGUCUGGCACCGAGAAGGCCCGGGGAGCAGGGAGGUCAGGGGAGAGCACUGGAGACAUGGUGCCCUCUGCCCCUAGGCCUCCUGAGCAGCCAGAAGGCAAGGGGGCCCUGCGAGGGGCAGUGGCCUUAGGCACAAGCAGCCUGAAGCAGCAGGAACCAGGGCUUCUGGGGGAUUCUGGGGCCCGAGUCUACUCCUCCCAUUCCAUGGGGGCCCGGGUCGACCUGGAGCCUGUCUCACCAAGGAGCUGCCUCACCAAAGUGGAGCUGGCCAAGAGCCGGCUGGCAGGGGCCCUGUGCCCCCAGGUACCCCGCACCCCUGCCAAAGUGCCCACCUCAGCCCCCAGCCUCGGCAAGCCCAAUAAGAGCCCCCAUGGCAGCCCUACAAAGCUACCUUCCAAGUCACCCACCAAGGUGACACCCCGACCUGUGGCCCCACCUGGCACCAAGGAGCCCCCCAAGCCUGACAAGGGGAAGGGCCCACCUUGGGCAGACUGUGGUGGUACCACAGCCCAGUCCACGCCCCCAGUGCCUGGCACUGCUGACCCAAGCCAAGGCCCUGAGGGGCGGGCCCCACACUCGGCCAUCGAGGAGAAGGUGAUGAAGGGCAUUGAGGAGAAUGUGCUGCGGCUCCAGGGCCAGGAGCGGGCACCAGGCGCCGAGGCCAAGCACCGCAACACCAGCAGCAUCGCCAGCUGGUUCGGCCUUAAGAAGAGCAAGCUGCCAGCGCUGAACCGGCGCACGGAGGCCACCAAGGGCAAGGAAGGAGCCAGUGGGGGCUCCCCACUCCGGAAGGAGGUCAAGAUGGAAGCCCGGAAGCUGGAGGCUGAGAGCCUGAACAUCUCCAAGCUAAUGGCUAAGGCGGAAGACUUGCGCCGGGCACUAGAGGAAGAGAAGGCCUACCUGAGCGGCAGGGCCCGGCCACGGCCCGGGGGACCAGCACCAGGGUCCAGUGCAGCGCUGGGACAGGUGCAGGGCCAGCUAGCUGGCAUGUACCAGGGUGCAGACACCUUCAUGCAACAGCUGCUCAACAGGGUGGAUGGCAAGGAGUUACCACCUAAGAGCUGGCGGGAGCCCAAACCCGAGUAUGGCGAUUUCCAGCCAGUGUCCUCUGACCCCAAGAACCCCUGGCCAGCCUGCGGGCCCCGAAACGGCCUGGUGGGCCCUCUUCAGGGCUGUGGAAAACCUCCUGGGAAGCCGAGCAACGAGCCAGGGAGGCGGGAAGAGAUGCCCUCGGAGGACAGCCUGGCUGAGCCAGUGCCCACCUCACACUUCACAGCCUGUGGCUCCUUGACUCGAACCCUGGACAGUGGCAUUGGGACCUUCCCGCCCCCAGACCAUGGCAGCAGUGGGAUCCCCAGCAAGAAUCUUCCCAAGACCAAGCCACCACGGCUGGAGCCCCCACCUGGGGUGCCCCCAGCUCGACCCCCACCCCUUACCAAAGUCCCCCGCCGUGCCCACACGCUGGAGCGUGAGGUGCCGGGCAUAGAGGAGCUGCUGGUGAGCGGGCGGCACCCCAGCAUGCCAGCCUUCCCUGCACUGCUCACUGCUGCUCCGGGCCACCGGGGCCAUCAGACCUGUCCUGACGAUCCCUGUGAAGACCCAGGCCCUCCCCCUCCUGUCCAGCUGGCCAAGAACUGGACCUUCCCCAACGCGAGGGCAGCCGGCAGCUCCACUGACCCUUUCCUGUGCCCACCCCGACAGUUGGAGGGGCUUCCCAGGACCCCUAUGGGUUGCUGUCCGCUCCCAGAACCUUGGUGGGACUGUGCUCAGUCAUGCCUCCAGCCUGCCUCCUCUGAAGUGCAUCCUGCCUCGGUGGCCCAUCUGCAGUGCCCCCCAAGGUGGGCAGAGCCCAGUGCCUCAGGCUGGGCCAGGAGGCGAGAGGAGCUUCCUCUCCAGCGGCCCCUCCUUUCCCAGGCCCUGCCCGUGGACCGCAAGCGGAGCCUGGAGCCCAGCCGCCCGGCCCCUACGCCCCAGGGCCCAGCAUUUGGGGGUAGCCGCACCCCCAGCACAUCGGACAUGGGCGAGGAAGGGAGAGUGGCCAGUGGGGGCCCCCCAGGACUUGAGACCUCGGAGUCUCUCAGCGACUCACUCUACGACUCGCUCUCCUCCUGUGGGAGUCAGGGCUGAAGGGCUGCGCCACACCGUGGCCCCUCUCUGGAGUUGGAGACCACAGACUGGACCAGCUCUCCUCAUGCUGGGGCCAGCAAGGCCCUUUCCUAAAGGGACCAAGCAGGCAGAUGGACAGGAAUGUGAAGGGGGUCUCUGGCACACCCCACUGCUGCUGUUGAGGAGAUGACUGCUCUCAGCUCAGGGAGAGACCCCACCCUUGGUCCCUUCUCUCACCUGGAGUAAGGCUAUUCCUCUGAGGGACUGGGGGUUCAAGGCCGCUGUGUACCAGCCCCCAGCUCCCACUUCAGGCUGAGCCAUCUCGUGGUGCUGGGCUUCCUGCCCGCCAGCCGUGCCAUCUCUGCCCAACCUGGCUGCCUCCUGCCCCAGUGCCCCCGUGGGGCCAGCCCAGAGGCCCUGUGCUGGUGGAGUUUGGGGGCAAGGGGUCCAGUUGCCUUCUCUCUCUGUCUGCCCUGGUCCUCCCUGCUGUCUGGAUGGUGCUGCCCUUCCCUGCCCCGUGUCUUUGGGGUCCAUUUGUCUGUCUUUUUGUUGUUGUUUUUAUAUUAAAGCAUCUGGCCCAGUUCCCAUCCCCCAUCCCGCACUGCGGUUAAUUUAUCUGUUGUUAAAAAUGCGGCUGCUCUGCUUCCAGCCUCUGCUUCUGCCGUAUCCCUAAUAAAACAUGGAGGCCCCUCCCUGCCCCUGA